GGACAGCCACGCAUAAUAAUGGGGUUGAUCCAGCCCCACACUUUUAGCCCCUCUCUCUUCUCAGCCUCCCAUGCUCAGUGCCUGACUCUCUGCUCUCCAUUGGCACAGUCCCUCCACUCAGCACCCCUAGCCCUUCCUUCCACUCUCUCAGACCCCACUCUCUAGCCUUCACACACUCAGAACCCCAAAUCUCAGCCCUCUGUUCAGCUCUCUCUCAGCAGCCCUCAACAGCCACUCUGUGAGCCCCCCAUGCUAACUGCACCCAAUCCAGCCCCCACUCAGUGUCCUCAUUCUAUUUAUCCCUUCAUAUACACCGCCGCCCAGCUCAACUCCCCUUACCCACACUUCUGACCCCAGUCGAGAAAACCUCCGUCAGGCUCCUCCCCUAGGGGAAACCCCAGUCACCCCUCCCAGAAACCGGGCGGGACAAGGUCUCGGUGCCCCCCUGGUCCGGCCAGUCCCGCCCCAUCCCGGCGGGCUGAGUCAGGCGGCAGGAACUGGGCGGGGGGCAGCGCCGGGAGGAGCUGAAGCCCGAGCCAGAGUCGCUGGGAGCGAGCGCGGAGCCCAGCCGGGCCGGCACCGAGUGGCCCUGGGCCGGCGGAGACACUGGGAGGGGCAAGCGCGGGGGGUGGGGGGCUGUCCCAGACCUACCAUGAGCGCCAAGAAGAGAGGGAGCCCCGCGCGGACUCAUUCCAUGAUGUCCCUGUCGGUGCGGCCGCAGCGCCGCCUGCUCAGCGCCCGGGUCAAUAGGAGCCAGUCCUUCGCAGGCGUCCUCAGCAGCCACGAGCGGGGGCCCAGGAGCUUCCCGGCCUUCAGUCCCCCGGGGCCCCCACGGAAGCCCCCAGCGCUCUCCCGAGUUUCCAGGAUGUUUUCCGUGGCUCACCCAGCCCCCAAAGUCCCGCAGCCUGAGCGGCUGGACUUGGUGUACGCUGCACUCAAGCGGGGCCUGACGGCCUACUUGGAAGUGCACCAACAGGAGCAGGACAAACUCCAGGGGCAGAUAAGGGAGUCCAAGAGGAAUUCCCGCCUGGGCUUCCUGUAUGACUUGGACAAGCAAGUCAAGUCCAUUGAACGCUUCCUGCGACGGCUGGAGUUCCAUGCCAGCAAGAUCGACGAACUGUAUGAGGCGUACUGUGUCCAGCGACGUCUCCGGGAUGGUGCCUACAACAUGGUCCGUGCCUACAGCACUGGGUCCCCAGGGAGCCGCGAGGCCCGGGACAGCCUGGCUGAGGCCACUCGGGGGCAUCGAGAGUACACAGAGAGCAUGUGUCUGCUGGAGAGUGAGCUGGAGGCACAGCUGGGCGAGUUCCAUCUCCGCAUGAAAGGGCUGGCCGGCUUCGCCAGACUGUGUGUGGGCGAUCAGUAUGAGAUCUGCAUGAAAUAUGGGCGUCAGCGCUGGAAACUACGGGGCCGCAUUGAGGGUAGCGGAAAGCAGGUGUGGGACAGUGAGGAAACCGUCUUUCUUCCUCUGCUCACGGAAUUCUUGUCCAUCAAGGUGACAGAGCUGAAAGGCCUGGCCAACCACGUAGUUGUAGGCACCGUCUCUUGCGAGACCAAGGACCUAUUUGCUGCCCUGCCCCAGGUUGUGGCAGUGGAUAUCAAUGACCUCGGCACCAUCAAGCUCAGCCUGGAAGUUACAUGGAGCCCCUUCGACAAGGAUGACCAGCCCUCAGCCGCUUCUACUGUCAACAAAGCCUCCACAGUUACCAAGCGCUUCUCCACCUAUAGCCAGAGCCCACCAGACACGCCCUCACUUCGGGAACAGGCCUUCUAUAAUAUGCUGAGGCGACAGGAAGAGUUGGAGAAUGGGACGGCGUGGUCCCUGUCAUCUGAAUCUUCAGAUGACUCAUCCAGCCCACAGCUCUCAGGUGCUGCCCGCCACUCCUCAGCCCCCAGACCCCUGGUACAGCAGCCUGAGCCUCUGCCCAUCCAAGUCGCCUUCCGUAGGCCUGAGACCCCCACCUCUGGACCUAUGGAUGAGGAGGGGUCCAUGGCCCCAGCCCUGGCCAAUGGGCAUGCCCCCUACAGCCGGACUCUGAGCCAUAUCAGUGAGGCCAGUGUGGAUGCUGCCUUGGCUGAGGCUUCAGUGGAGGCUGUGGGCCUAGAAUGCGUAUCCCGGGGACCUAGCCCACCGGCACACCCAGAUCCCACACCUGGGGAACACCCUGGUCCUGUUUCUCCUGCCCUGGACCCUAGCAAUUCUGCUACAAGUCCCACUCUUAGUACAACAAGCCCUGCCCACGUGUCUACAGACCCUGCCCCAACUGCACACCUAGACUUGGUUCAUAAGGCCCCAGACUCUAGCUCUCCUGAACUGCCAGGCCCUACCCACACUACUACAAGCUCCACCUGUAGUGCCAUAAGCCCUACCCACAGUGCUCCAGGUCUCACUCACACUACCACAGUUUCCACCUACAAGCCCAUGCUCUCUACCCUCACUAUUACAGGCCCUACCCCCAGUGCCACAGACCCAGCCCAGACCACCACAAGUCCCACCCACACUGUCACAAACCUGACACAUACUGUCACAAGCCCCACAGACAAGCUCAUGCUUUCUACUCUCAGUACUACAGGCCCCAACCCCAGUAUCACAGGCCCAGCCCAGACCACCACAAGCCCCACCCACAAGCCAAUGCUUUCUACCCUUAUAACUGCAGGUCCUACCCCCAAUACUACAGGCCCAGCCCAGAGCACCACAAGCCCCACCCACACUUCUGCAAGCCCCACCCACACUACUGCAAGCCCUACUCACAAAGCCAGGAUGUCAACUCACACCACUACAUGUCCUAUCCCCAAUGCUAAGGACCCAGUCCAGACCACCAGGAGCCCCACCCAUCCUGUCACAAGCCCCACCCUUAUAACUGUAAGCCCUUCUACUUCUCUAGACCUCGCCACACUCCCCAGCCCCUCUGCACACACAAACCCCACUCUCCCAGGCACUGAUCCCCUGUCCUGUAGCCCCCCAGCCUCCAUUCCCUGCACUCAGGCAGACCUCAUAGCCCCCAGCACCUCUUACCCAAGUCAUACCUGUUCCAGUUGGGAACCCCUCACAAGCCCUUCCCUAGACCCCCAAGAGCCCAUCCUUCAGAGCCCAAACCCUCCUCCCUCAUCCCUAGCCCCUGUGCCCCAGCACUCAGACUUUAGCCUGGCCAUGGCUGCCCAGGCCCCAGUUCCAGGGGCAGCUGGAGAGGCUGGGGACAGGAGGCUGGAGGAGGCACUGGGGGCCCUAAUGGCUGCCCUGGAUGACUAUCGUGGCCAGUUCCCUGAGCUGCAAGGCCUGGAGCAGGAAGUGACCCGGCUGGAGAGUCUGCUCAUGCAGAGACAAGGCCUGACUCGAAGCCGGGCCUCCAGUCUUAGCAUCACUGUGGAGCAUGCACUGGAGAGCUUCAGUUUCCUCAACGAGGAUGAAGAUGAAGACCAUGAUGGUCCUAGGGACAGGCCCCCAAGCAGCCCGGAGCCUGGGGCUGAGGACAGCCUCGACUCGCUCAGGUCCCGUCCCCUCAGCACAGAGUGUCCAGCUCUGGACGCUGCCUUGGUCCAGCACCUGUACCACUGCAGUCGCCUCCUGCUGAAACUGGGCACAUUUGGGCCCCUGCGCUGCCAGGAGGCAUGGGCCCUGGAGCGGCUGCUGCGGGAGGCCCGAGUAAUUGAGGCAGUAUGCGAGCUUAGCAGGCGAUGGGAAAUCCCUGCCACCUCCGCCCAGGAAGUGGUGCAGUUCUCAGUCUCUCGGCCCGGCUUCCUGACCUUCUGGGACCAGUGCACAGAGGGACUCAGCCCCUUCAUCUGCCCUGUGGAGCGGGUGCUCCUCACCUUCUGCAAUCAAUACAGUGCCCGUCUCUCCCUGCGCCAGCCAGGCUUAGCAGAGGCUGUAUGUGUCAAGUUCCUGGAGGAUGUCCUGGGGCAGAAGCUGCCCAGGAGACCCCAGCCAGGCCCUGGAGAGCAGCUCACCAUCUUCCAGUUCUGGAGUUACGUCGAAUCCUUGGACAGCCCUUCCAUGGAGGGCUAUGUGACUGAGACCGCUGAGGAGGUGUUUCUGGUGCGGAAUCUGAACUCAGAUGACCAGGCUGUUGUGCUGAAGGCCCUGAGGUUGGCGCCUGAAGGGAGGCUACGAAGGGAUGGGCUCCGGGCCCUCAGCUCCCUGCUCGUCCAUGGCAACAACAAGGUCAUGGCUGCUGUCAGUACCCAGCUCCGGAGCCUGUCACUGGGCCCUGCCUUCCGGGAAAGAGCCCUACUGUGUUUCCUGGACCAGCUUGAGGAUGAGGAUGUGCAGACGAGAGUAGCUGGCUGCCUGGCCCUGGGCUGCAUCAAGGCUCCCGAGAGCAUUGAGCCCCUGGUGUACCUGUGCCAGAUGGACACAGAAGCCGUGAGGGAAGCUGCUCGGCAGAGCCUGCAACAGUGUGGGGAAGAAGGACAAUCUGCCCAUCGACAGCUGGAGGAGUCACUGGACGCCCUGCCCCGAAUCUUUGGGCCCGGCAGCAUGGCCAGCACGGCAUUCUAAACUCCCUACCCACAGGCUCCCAGUGCCCCUUUCCCCCACGUGCAGGGCUUACCAGGCACUGGCAGGGAGGGUGAGGGCUGGCUCCAGACAAACCUCCCCCACAGAUUCCUAUCAAUCAAUGAAAAUCUAAUAUAUUCUUCUGUUGCCCCUGGGGUUGGUAGAGUCAGUGCCUGCAGUCAAGUGCCUCCCAGCCUCGGCUCAGCACACUUGCCACAAGUCAGUGUCCCGGGCCUGGCCAUCCUGCCUCUGCCCCAUUACAUCCCUUGGUUUUGUAUUUUAUUUACAGAGUUUUACAGAAAAUAAAGCAAAAUGCCUUUCCUA